AUUACUAAAUGGAAAACUACCUUUGCAGAUAUAAUAUCACAGUGCCUCCUCAAGUGGAAAUGUUUCGAAUUACCAUUUGCCAACCACUGCUGGAGUCUGGGAGUCUGGGUAAGGGACAGGAAGGAUUGGUUUUCUUUGAUUUCUGUGUAGCAUAGGCCUUUUAAAGUCUCUCUUAAUUCCAAAUACAAGUUUGUCUUCUUCUUCCCCCUCCCUCCCUGGGAAUUCCUCAAAAGGUGGCUUCAGGUUGCCACCUGUGCUGUUGGUUGACUGUCUUUAUUUUUCAGUGACAGUGACAGUGGAAGUGAGUGGUAGCUUUUGAGAUGUGACUUUUUAGUUCUUGCCUACCUUAUCAAUCAUAAAAUACUGAAACUAACUCUUAUAUUUUGGCACUCGAGUGUGCGUGUGCAUGCAUGUGUGUGCAUGUGUAUAUGCAUGAGUGUUUGUGUCAGUGCACAUGUGUGCAUUGUGUGUGUAUGCAUGUGUGUAUGUGUGUGUGUGUAUGUCUGUGUGUGAUUGUUUUUGUGUGUAAAUCAGAGACCAACAUUCAUAUUUUCCUCCACUUUUCUUCACCUCACAUUUUGAGGCAGAGUUUUUCACAGAAUCAGCAGCUUGCUGAUUUUGCAAAACUGCCUGGCUGUUGAAUUUCAGGGACCCACCUAUCUCUGCUUCCCCUGGGUAGAGUAUAUAGGCAUAUGGUGCACUACCUGGCUUUUAACAUGUGUGAUGGGGCCCUGAUCUCAGUCUUCAGGUUUUUGUAGUAAGCACUUACUGACUGAGCCAUCUUCCUGGCACCUGGACUUAACUUUCUAAUGAUAAUCCAGUAUUAUACAAUGUAUAAUGCAAUGUAUAGGGUUGUAUUAUUGCUGUCGAGGAUAACAGAAUAGCCCAAUGUUCGUCUUCUGAUUUUACAUUAUUCUGUUACAGAUGUGAAAAUACAUGCAACAUUUUAACUCAAUAGUUGUAUUCGCUUUGCCUAGUCUUUUGUAUGCCUCUACUAGAAAGAUUGGUUAAGCAAGAUCUAUGUGCUCAUCAGAAAUCACCAGACUAGAAGGUUGUUUGCAACAGCCCUUCAGGGCUACAUAGAAGGAGUCUCUACUGCCUGCUGUUAUGUGUGUCCAUGAGGCCACAAGCUCUGAGUUGCUACGUUUUUAUUAGUAACUGAUUCUCACUUCAUUUGGGGAAGUCGGUCCAAGCAUCUGCAGGGUCUCAAUGAUGAGUUAAAAGGAAACCUGAAUUAUUGACCUCUGCACGGACAUUGCAGUUCCACAGGGUAGAGAAUGAGAUCAUUGCUCAACUGUAAUGCAGGCCAAGGAAAGGAAUCCACUGGUCGCCAGGCUGAAUAAGAGAAGCAAGAGGCAGAGAGUUCAUAUUUAGUUCCAUAAAUCUCCUUGAUAGAGAUACAUUUUCUAAGUCGGAUCCAAUUUGUGUCCUAUAUACACAAGCAGUUGGGAAUAAAGAAUGGAGAGAGUUUGGAAGAACUGAAGUGAUCGAUAAUACUUUGAAUCCUGAUUUUGUAAGAAAGUUUAUCCUGGAUUAUUUCUUUGAAGAAAGAGAGAAUCUUCGUUUUGACUUAUAUGAUGUUGAUUCUAAGAGUCCCAACUUGUCCAAACAUGACUUUCUGGGACAAGUGUUUUGUACAUUGGGGGAGAUUGUUGGUUCACAGGGAAGUCGCCUGGAAAAGCCAAUAGUAGGAAUUCCAGGCAGGAAAUGUGGGACAAUCAUACUGACGGCAGAGGAGCUAAACUGCUGCAGGGAUGCUGUCUUGAUGCAGUUCUGUGCAAACAAAUUGGAUAAGAAGGAUUUCUUUGGGAAGUCAGAUCCUUUCCUGGUAUUUUAUCGAAGCAAUGAGGAUGGAAGCUUUACAAUUUGCCACAAGACAGAAGUGGUCAAAAACACUCUAAAUCCUGUGUGGCAAGCGUUCAAGAUCUCAGUGCGAGCAUUGUGCAAUGGGGACUAUGACAGAACAAUCAAGGUAGAAGUGUACGACUGGGACCGAGACGGGAGUCAUGAUUUCAUUGGAGAAUUCACAACAAGCUAUCGGGAGCUCGCAAGAGGGCAGUCACAAUUCAACGUCUAUGAGGUGGUGAAUCCCAAAAAGAAAGGAAAAAAGAAAAAAUACACCAAUUCAGGAACAGUAACCUUAUUGUCCUUCUUGGUGGAAACAGAAGUCUCCUUCCUGGACUAUAUUAAAGGAGGAACGCAGAUCAACUUCACGGUGGCCAUUGAUUUUACAGCAUCAAAUGGAAACCCUGCCCAGCCAACUUCUCUCCACUAUAUGAACCCUUACCAACUGAAUGCCUAUGGAAUGGCACUGAAGGCUGUAGGAGAAAUCGUUCAAGAUUAUGACAGUGAUAAGAUGUUCCCAGCCCUGGGUUUUGGUGCAAAGCUGCCUCCAGAUGGAAGGAUAUCUCACGAGUUUGCCCUGAAUGGCAACCCUCAGAAUCCUUACUGUGAUGGCAUUGAAGGUGUCAUGGAAGCUUACUAUAGAAGUCUGAAGUCUGUCCAGUUGUAUGGGCCAACCAACUUUGCUCCCGUAAUAAACCACGUAGCAAGAUACGCAUCCUCUGUAAAAGAUGGCUCCCAGUACUUUGUGCUUCUCAUUGUGACGGACGGCGUCAUCUCAGAUAUGGCUCAAACUAAAGAAUCCAUAGUUAAUGCCUCAAAGCUUCCCAUGUCAAUAAUAAUAGUAGGUGUGGGACCUGCAGAAUUUGAUGCAAUGGUUGAAUUGGAUGGAGAUGAUGUAAGAGUUUCCUCCAGAGGGAAAUAUGCUGAAAGAGAUAUUGUACAGUUUGUGCCGUUCAGGGAUUAUAUUGACAGAAGUGGAAACCACAUACUCAGCAUGGCGAGACUGGCCAAAGAUGUCUUAGCUGAGAUCCCAGAGCAGUUCCUUUCCUACAUGAGAGCCAGAGGAAUCAAGCCAUCACCGGCGCCCCCGCCGUACACCCCUCCUACACACGUGCUGCAGACGCAAAUAUGACCACGCCCAGAUGCUGAUGUCCCUCACACGCCAGUCGGAACUGCGAAGCCUGUGCUUUGAUCCUGGUGCUCUGCUUUGAACCAGGGAAUGAGACACUUUCUCAGUUUGGUUUCAGCAGUCCUGGAAAAUGUGCUUUCUUGGAUCCAAAUUACAUUCUCUUCCUAAACCAAAACUGUAAAUAGGGUUGUUGCAUGAGCAACCGGGAAAUUGUUUAAGAUGCUUGAAGCAAAGUAGAGAUGUCUUCUCUAAUUUUUGAAUAUUUUUGUUUUUUUGUUCAUGACGGAAUAGUAAAUUUCCAAUGUAUUAUUGGGAAAAAGCACAAGCUACAUUUUUAACACAAAUGUUGUCCUUGACUGCUACAUAUAUAGGCCGGCAGUCUCUGUGUCGAUGUUUACACGUUACUACUUUUUAAAUUUCAAUACUUUUAUAACUGUUCUUAAGAGUAAGUUUUAAAUAUUGAAUCCUUUGUCUUCUAAAUUGCAAUAGCUAUAAUCACAGGAGCAAUAUCUCUUUGAAUGACUGUCUGGACAUUCAUGGUAUGAAUAAGGGAAGAGAAGGAGGUAGAAUCUACUUAGUGAUUAAUAUCCAUUUUGGUCAACCGUGGGAGUUUCAACUUAUAAACAGAUGUGGCCCUGUAAUAUGCAUUUUUUUCAUGGACUUUGGGUUUAAAUUUAGACUGCAGUCAAUUUAUCUUUCAAAUGCCAACUAGAAGCAAUGAACAGGCAAACAUCGUGAACUGUUAAUGCACAGAAUAUACUUUGUAUAAAAACCACCAUCCUUAUAACACUAUGAUUUAGUGUGUAAAAACAAGACUAUAUAACUCCAAACCAUGUAGCAGGUGUAUUGAACUUUGUAUUCAGUUAUAUCCUGUCUAGAUAUUUUGAUUCAAAGGGAUACUGGCUCUCUUGCUUUGGAAUUUAUAUUCUCACCCUUCCAUCUUGCCUUCACGGGUUGCACAGGCUGGAGUCUCUUGUGAGUUCUCAGUUCCACGUACACACAACCCUGUGACUUAGCACACAACACGUUUGUGAAAUAAACUCAUUCCUGUGCCCCAACCUGCCUGUUUGUGAAAUAACCCAUCCCUCUACCCUGACCUGCCUGCUCACAACCAAUUCUAAAUAGUUUUCAAUGUACAGUUUUUAUACGAAUUACAGUUUUGUGAAGUUACGUCUACAUUUCUUUAGAACAAAUGGCCUUAAAUUCUCACAGAAUUCCUGGAAAUGAUUGUGAAUUGCCUUCAAAAUACAGAAAUGUGUAUUUGUUUGUUGUUCUUUUUUGUGUCAACAGUGUGACUGCUUUCUAACCUCUCUGCCUCCCCCUCUUUGCUACUUGGAUUCUUCCUAUUGUGUGUGCUCUUGCCACAACUUGGAUCUAUGGUGACUUUUAUAAGCAUGAAGCUGUUUUACUGGAGAAUAUGCAUAAUCCUCAUAGCUAACAGAGUCACAGUUACAUAACUGUGACGUGAAUUGUCCAUUUUUAAGUACCUAUUAAAACAUUUAAAAGGA